AUGGGUCCGCCACUUGAGCAAGUCCCUAGUGGCAUCAGGCAAGUCACCCAGAGAGCUCUCAUCGAAGAAGGCACCUCCCUCUCCUACCGAGCUAUCGCUAUUCUCACGACUACUCCACAACCUCAGGCAGUCCCUAUCGCAUCAAAGCCUCUGGCGCGUCUUUACUCGCAUAUACGCGACCCAGGCCCCUGUGCUGAUGCCCCCAUUCUUUGGAAAGACGCACAGCUAAGGGACCUCAUGUACAUCGCGCAGCCUGAUCGUCGACUGGAGUUCGCUUCGCUCCUCAAGGGACUGGACCUUGGAAGUUACGAGCAGGUCUCUGGUCAACUGUUCCAGGCCUUGCCGACCCUUGGAGAAUUGAGCAUCACUGUCCUUGGUACCGACGAGAGGUCCUCAAACUUGCACCCCAAUGUUUUCAUCGGCAUCAGCACCCUUUCGAACCUUACACACUUGUCCAUCAACCUGGCCAACGGUUCUGAUCAUGGUGAGACGGGUCGCGAAGUCAACACCCUCCAUAUCUUAGGUCUCAAGUUCAGAGCCGCACUUCUAGUGCUCAGCUCCAUCGACGCUGUCUCGAUCGACCUAGUGUGGACUGGUACCCUGACCCCUGCUGAGAACGACGAACUUCAUGAGCGCGGUUCGGUCUUUUCCCGAAACUGGAUCCUGCCUUCUGACAUCACUAUCGAGGAAGAAGCUGGAUUGGAUGGUGAAAUGGAUUCUGCACCUGCCCCUAGAUCCUCCCUCAACGAAGUCUGGAAGGGGAGCUAG